AUAAAACAACACAAAUAGAAACCAGUCUAUUUACCAAAGCUUUUUCCGACCUCGAUGCUUUCUUAUUUAGUGGAACAACAUGACUGGUGUAUCUGUAAACGCGACUGGCAGCAAUAAUGGACAGAAUUUGGACAAUGAAAACAGAAAAAUUGCUAUUAUGCCUACAUUGGGUAUACAAGAGGAUGAGACAGCAGUCACAUUCGUAAUCAACAAAGAAGACCACACACUUGGAAAUUCACUGAGAUACAUGAUCAUGAAAAACCCAGACACACAGUUUUGCGGUUACAGUAUUCCACAUCCUUCCGAAGAAAAGAUUAACUUUCGGAUACAAACUGAAGGAAAACCAGCAAAAGACAUAUUUAAGAAAGGUCUAAAAGAUUUAAAUGCUGUGUGUGAACAUGUCCUUCGCACUUUUGAGUCAAGUAUUAAUGAGCACAAAAGAAGAAACCAGUCGGCCGGCAUAGAAAACAUGGACCAGUCUUGAGACCUCUGUACCAGUCUGGAAAAUUUGAACCAAAUUUGAUGUAAAAUGGACACAAUCUGGCAAUAUUUGACAAGAGGUGCCUCUUUUACUACGGGUCAAAAUUCUUUAACAACUUUGUUACAGUUUGUGCUUGUGUAUUUUAAUCAUCAUGUAAUGGUGGCUCUAAGUCAUCCACACUUGAGAUUAUCUUAAAUUGCUUGAUGUUGCAAGAAAACAUCCUUGAAAAAUAUCAACCCCAACCAAAAAAUGCCUGUACUAGUUGUGCAUUCUUUUGUAACAUGUAUACUAAGUCUUUAUACAAGCAUUUGCGAAGACAUUAGAUGAUUAAACAGCGACCAAUUGGACGCAUGUGCAGAUUGUUGUAUUAUUUAGAAAAUUUCAGAAAAUUUGCCUCCGUUCUCAUCGUGUUCAGAAGACUUUUUGCAUGCACAACUUGUCUCCCGAGUUGAAAGCUCAAGGUCUAUUUAUAAAUGAUAAUAUUAUGAAUAUGCAAUCUUUGGCCAUGGCUUCAUGAUUGCAAAAUUGAAAUUGUAAUAAUGUGAUAGUGAGUAAAACAUGUGUUCAACUU